CACAGGAAGCGAAACCUAGAUCUGCGGAGUAAAGCAAACUGGCUUCUCUCUAGCAGUCUCAAACACUGGUUUUGUUCACAUGUUCCUAUCUUAAAGGGCAUAACGAUGUCUGUUAUCUUCUCUGGUCUCCUAUUUGUACUGGAUUCCUCCGGAUUGCCUGGUUUCUCAUUCAAACAGAAGCAAGAACUUCGCUCGAAGAUCACUUCAAAUGGCGGAACAAUAUCCUACAUUUUGACCAAGAAGACUGAUUAUGUGCUGACUUCUGAUGGAGAAAGGACCUUGUCUUCAUACAAGGGAAGAACUGCAGCCAAGCUUGGGGUCCCUGUGGUUCACAUAGACUUUAUUGACAGCUGUCUAUCAUCAGGACAACUCUCCGCCCCAGACCCCACUUACAUUCUGUCAGAGACACCAGAAUCCAAGCAGUUUAGCUCAGGCAAGAUUGUCACAGCUCCAAAACAAGGUGGAUGUUUUAACAAAAAGGUCUCCAGUUCUGUCCAAGUUCUUCAAGCAGAUCUAAGCAAAAUAAGGUUCUUCCCUUACAAAGGCUCUAAAGGCCCAAGUUACGAUGAGAAAAGUUAUGAAAUUGCAAAGCAUGUGCUGUAUCAGAGAAGGGCAGAUGCAGGAGAGGUUCUUGUUUUCUCUGCCAUUGAGCUUCAUGUCAUUCCUCCAAGCACUUGCUUUGAUGGACAUCACUACAGGGUGUUCCACCACCAUGGGAAUUUUAAGGCACUUAAGGAAGGAAAUGAUGCUGAGCAAUGCACAAAAGAGUGUAGUUACCAUGGAAGCAGUGAGGAGGCAUUGGGGACGUACAUAGCGCUGUGUGCGAAGGUAACACAACCCCCUCACAACUUAACAUGCUGCUGGAAGACCCUCUCAUCCAAGAUAGGCUCCGAUAAGAUGAAGGAGGAAUCAAUGGACACCCGCUCAUCAGGGGAAGGAGAAUCUGUCAGCCAAGAGGUGGCGAGCCUUGUGGACUACCUGUGGACAGAAGCGAUUGGUUGCUUAAAUAGCACAUUGUCUGUGCCUUUAGAAUCCAUAAAGCUGCAAAAAGUACAAGAAGCUGAGGCAAUAUUGAUGUCAUUGAAGGAAGAAUUUGACAAUACACAAAACAAGGAGAAGAUUUCAAAACUUUGGGAAGAGUUUGAUUCACUUAUUCCUCAUCAAAUUAAAAUCAAGGACUCAACAGUUAAUAAGGGGUUGAUUGCAGAGAAGCAAAAUCUUUGUCAGCUAAUUAGAGAUAUGGUAACAAUCAGCGAAGCCACCAACAUGUCAACGGUGAGCAGCCACUUGGCCAAGUACAAGGCUCUUAGAUGCCACAUAGAGGCUCUGCACCCUGAAGAGGCAGAAUACAAGGCGAUCAAGGAGCUUGCAAUAGAAGAACAGACAGGCUCAAAUGAUAUCAUAGUGUUAAAUGUAUUCUCGCUGCACCGCCCCGUGGAGGACAUCAAUUACAGGCAUGGCCUCGGCAGACAAAAGCUACUAUUCCAUGCUUCUAGGGUCAGGAAUUUUGUUGGAAUACUCUCGAGGGGUUUACUUCUCCCUACGAUUGUCGUCGACGAUUUUGGGGGCCAGCGGUCUGAUGCAGGGAUGUUGGGCCACGGUAUCUAUUUUGCUGACAGAGCCAGCACAAGUGCUAAAUACUCGUCCCCAGGCAUGCUCGGAUCCCGUUUUAUGCUGGUCAAUAAAGUGGCGUUGGGCAAAUCCAAGGAAUAUCGUAAGUUUACUAAAGAUCUGACGCGACCGCCUGACGGGUAUAAUAGCGUCAUAGGUGUCAAGGCGACCGAGACGCAGCCAUCAGACUUCAAGGAUGACGAAUUUGUUGUUUACGACACCAAGCAGCAGCAGAUGAGAUAUCUUGUGGAAUUUGCUCUACCGGAAGAUAACAUAAUCGCCCGCGAUAAUGUGUCCGUUGACAGCGGAUUUGUUGAAGAGCCGCUCGAUAAUGAAGAUGAGAUAGAAGUUGAUCUGUCUGACGUGAUGUCCAUCCCAGAUCCCUUACUGAAGGUUGAGGCUGGGUUGAAAGGGACUGCUGACAAGCCUGUUCCACUCAAAGCGGUCCAUAUUCGCGCCAAGCUUCUUGACCUCGCAGCACAGGUUGUAGUGAUGCAGGUGUAUUGUAACAACAGCGACGUACCGAUUGAAGCCAAGUACGUCUUCCCUCUAGAUGAUAUGGCGGCGGUUUGCGGAUUUGAGGCCUUCAUCAAUGGUAAACACAUCAUUGGUGAGGUAAAAGAAAAAGAACAAGCACGCAAAGAGUACCGGGAAGCAAUCAGCGCAGGGCAUGGGGCCUAUCUCAUGGACGAGGAGACACCAGACGUGUUCACCGUGAACGUAGGUAACCUACCCCCAGCUGCAAGCGUGCUCAUUAAGAUCACCUAUGUUGCCGAACUCACCGUGGAGGGAGAACUCAUCUGCUUUCGGUUACCAGGAAGCGUGGCGCCAUGGCAGCGCACGCAAGCGCAUGAUGACGUCACUCAAACAGAUGUGGAUACUAUUUGUGUUGAUGAGGAGAAUCAAAGCAACACCUCAGUUCAGGUCUCUGUUGAAAUGCCAUUUGAGAUCCGUGCUAUUCUUUGCCCUGGACACGAUGUCAAGGUCAAGCGAACCUCAACAAAGGCUGUCGUAGAGAUGGCGCCUGGAGGAACCCUCGGAAGCGGAUUCCAGCUUCAAAUCCAAUUGGCCGAAAUUCAUGUACCCCGGAUGUGGGUGGAGCGACAUGAUACCGAGGCUGAUAGCCAGGCGUGUAUGUUAGCCUUCUACCCUGAGUUCGAGUCUGGGCCACCGCACCAUGUCGAGGUCAUCUUCGUCCUUGACGCGUCAUGCUCUAUGAAGGGAAAAGCCCUCCAAGAAGCCAAGAAACUGACCCUGAUGUGCCUGAGUCUUAUGGAGGAAGAAUGGGCGUUUAACAUCGUUGUGUUUGGAAGCAACUACAGCGAGCUUUUUACCCAGAGUCAGAAGAAGGACAAAGAGACAGUCGCUAGAGCUGCCAAGUUCGUCAAGUCCGUCAAAGCUGUCAAGGGAAGUACCGACCUCUGGCGCGUACUGCGCUCGCUGUACCUGCUCCGAUGCAACUCAACCGCUGACUACCCGAGUAAUGUGUUCCUCUUCACCGACGGUCACGUGACAGAGGAGAGCACGACACUGGCGUAUAUCCGGGAUAUUAGGUUGCGCACGCGCGUGUUCACGUUCGGUGUCGGACCCACAUGCAAUCGGCACUUCUUGCGUUCUAUGGCCCGCGUGGGGGCUGGGGCCUAUGAGCUGUUUGACUCUAAAGUCAAGUCAAAGUGGGAGCGAAAGGUGGAAUCGCAACUCUCUAAAGCAAGGCAGCCAGUUUUGACGUCAGUGAAGGUUGCCUGGCAACAACAUGACAGCUAUGCUAAGCCACCAGUGCAGGCUCCACAUGAUAUUGUGUCGCUUUUCAACGGUUCAAGACAAGUAGUCUACGGACUCGUCGACAACUGUACUCAGGCGUCUUUGACAGCAGAAGUUGACGGUAGGGUAGUAUCGACAAUGGUGUCCACUUCCGAACUCAGCAUCACAACCGGCAAGGUUCUCCACCAGUUGACAGCGCGAGCGAUAAUUCGCGAUUGGGAAGAGGGAAGCCUGGACCCGAACCACACCAAGCAUGAGAUGGCAAAGAGAGACAUGAAGGAUUUCAUCAUUUCUCUCAGCAAGCGCUUCUCCAUCGUAUCUCAGUUUACAAGUUUUGUGGCAAUCGAACACAGAAAAAAGGAUGAAAAGUUUGACGCUAGUCUGGGGCCGAGUAUCGAUGAACUGGUGUCACAUGAGGACGUUGACGUCAUUCCAUACGUCAGCUGGGAGGAGCCUGAGUCACGUGAUGUGGGCAAACCUGAAUCAUCAUCCAAGUCGACAGGUGACCGCGUGGCCGGACUUGUCUCAGAGGCCCGGGUACUAGAGCGCUUCUCGGUGCUUCAGGCUGAGACGCUAUACAAGCGAGCCUGCGAUACUGCCUUAUCAGCGGAAAGCCCUGACAACCGGGCGACAUACAAGGCCUUCCUAUCGCUGGCCCAGUUCUACGUUGACGUGCAUGGCGACCUCCAGAAGGCAGAGGCACUUACGAUGAUGCUGCAUGGGGCUCUAGGUGGUAUCGAACACGAUGUCUCCUCGCGAUCCAACUUUGACGAUCUGCUUGAGCAUUUGCGACAGGACAGUUCGUAUAGCGACGAAGUGGGGAGGCUGGUUGCUGAAUUUAACCCAAUGAAGGAUAUAAACAAAUCCAAACGAAAAGUCAUAGCUUCUCUUUUUCCAAAUGUCGAUUAUCCAUGGAGCCAAACUGUAGUUAAUAAACUGUUUGAAGCGUGCCGUUCUGAAUCCAGCACGGAGACUGGUUCAACAGCUAGUUCGACGUCCAGUUCCGAAAGCAGUUCGGAAGAAGAACUGUCAGAUAACUCGGAAGAUUCCGACUGGGGUAGCGACGAGUUUUACGAAGACAAUAUAGACGAUGAAGUUUACCAAGAUGCCGUCGGCGAGGAAGAAGAAGAGGAGGGCGAAGAUGAUGUGUAUGGCAUGUGCCUUGAAGAAGCCGAGGAAGUAGAAAGAUCAGAGGCACCAACGCCACUUGUUAUCGAUGUUGGCUCCCACAUGUGGAAGGUUGGGUUCGCAGGUGACGACGCGCCUAAGGGUGUGUUCCCGCCAAUUGUCGGCCGACCUCGCCACCAGGGCGUGAUGGUAGGAAUGGGGCAAAAGGACUCUUAUGUGGGUUGGGAGGCACAUUCCAAGCGUGGUAUUCUUUCUCUCUCUACCCCCCAAAAACGUGAAGCUCGCCCCACUCCUCCCUUGCAAGAUCGCCCCCCUCCUCCCUUGCAAGAUCGGCCGCCGCCUGCGAUGGAAGGAAGGGCUUUGACGAAGGACCGAGUUAUCUGGCCUAUCGAAGAGGCACCAUUAGACCACACAGCAUCAAUUGACCUGGAGGAGCAGGAAGACUUGUACGUAGAUAUGGACAAAGGGGAAGUCUUGGAUGACGACGGAUUGUUUGAGGCGAUGUGCAAUAAUGCCCAAAAGGCGGCAUCUUUGGCCAUGGGCAAGCGUCGCCAAGAUGUGGACCAGCUGACGUUGGACAGUUACGAUGAUAUACAUGAAGUCCUGCCUAGUAACACCCAAGUCGCAGCAACUUUGGACACCGACGACAUGUAUGUAGAUAUGAAAAACCGUGCUACAAGUUCUGCUUUGAAGGAGAGGGCCGUUAGCUAUGAUAUCCAAGAUAGCUUGUGUGAGGUUGCUGAAGAUGCUGUUAAGGAGGAAGAAGCCGAACGUCCAAUCGCAAUCUUUGGCUUAGACUCGUGUAUCGCACGCGUGUCAUCAUCUGAGGAAAAGAGUUCGUUGUAUGACGAGAUUCCAUCCCCACCAAAUAGGCCAUUCAAAAAAAAAGUCGCCAACAUACCGUCACCCAAACCGCGGCCACCUAGGGCCUCUAAGAUAGCCGCACCACCGGCUCCAUCCCUACAAGCUGUCUGUAUCGACCUCCCGGAACCUCCCCUGAAGGCUGGGGACUCACCGUUGAAAAGAUCUGUAAAAGCACCACUACCACCUCCUCCACCUCAACAAGCUUCCCGGAUCGACUACCGGGCUUCAUAUGGAGCCGCACCACCGGCUCCAUCCCUACAAGCUGUCUGUAUCGACCUCCCGGAACCUCCCCUGAAGGCUGGGGACUCACCGUUGAAAAGAUCUGUAAAAAAACCACUACCACCUCCUCCACCUCAACAAGCUGCCCGGAUCGACUACCGGGCUUCAUAUGGCGCUCCACCUCUUCCUCCGAAGAGAGGUGGAGGCCCACCUCUUCCUCCGAAGAGAGUCGCCAACAUACCGUCACCCAAACCGCGGCCACCUAGGGCCUCUAAGAUAGCCGCACCACUGGCUCCAUCCCUACAAGCUGUCUGUAUCGACCUCCCGGAACCUCCCCUGAAGGCUGGGGACUCACCGUUGAAAAGAUCUGUAAAAGCACCACUACCACCUCCUCCACCUCAACAAGCUUCCCGGAUCGACUACCGGGCUUCAUAUGGAGCCGCACCACCGGCUCCAUCCCUACAAGCUGUCUGUAUCGACCUCCCGGAACCUCCCCUGAAGGCUGGGGACUCACCGUUGAAAAGAUCUGUAAAAAAACCACUACCACCUCCUCCACCUCAACAAGCUGCCCGGAUCAACUACCGGGCUUCAUAUGGCGCUCCACCUCUUCCUCCGAAGAGAGGUGGAGGCCCACCUCUUCCUCCGAAGAGAGGUGGAGGCCCACCUCUCUUCGGUGCCAUGGCUUUGAGGACAGGUGCCCCCUCAAAGGCAUCGAAACCAAGUUUUGGUGGAAGAGGUCAACCACAGGUGUUCGCAACAUCUGCUAGUGAAAUCCUUCACCCGAGGCUAGCCCGAACUCCAUCUGAACUCGCGCCCAAAGGAGUCCCAUCACAGACUAAUGAUGAAGCUCCAGUUUUUAUGUCCCGACUACAACUGUUGGAAAGUAUUCGCGCGAAGAAAAAGACCAAGGAGACCGACAGAGAAGAUAUUAUGAAACAGGAUGACUCAGGUGAGGCCGAUAUUUUACGCAGAGAAGCCCACCAACAUAGCAUGGAAACAGAGCUAGAAGCUGAUAGGAAUGAGGCUGAAAUGGGUGUUCGUCCGGUACCACGAAAGCGUGGUAAGAGGAUGCUGGAAAAGAAGGCGGCGGAGCAGAAAAAGGAGGCGAUGGAAGAGCCCUCGGAAUCGUUGCAGAACAGAAUGCGGAAAUGGAUGACCGCUGACAAGUUGUUGGAGCUGUUUGCGUCUCAGCAUAACGAUGGCUAUUGGAGUGAGAAAGAACUGGAGGUCGCCUUUAGGAUAGACUGCUCGUUCUUGUCAAGGCUUCUUGUGAAUGCUGGUGCACAAAGUCUAGGUGACGAAGCGUUCGAAACAAUCCUUAAGAUGCUGACAACCAUUAUCACACUGGCCAUCCUCAAGACUUACCUACCUGAUCAGUUCCCAGUUUCUCUUGUCCAAGGCGUAUCGAGUGAGGGCCUUGUGACUAGUGAAUGGAGAAACCAAGUCGGGAGGGCGCUAUCAUGGCUAAGAAAGAUGGACCGAAAGAUGCCGUCCGUUUGCUCCCGUCUAGAGCUUGGGCCUGACUGGGACGUUGUGGCAAAGGGUAUAAUUGAUGACAAGGUACAUUUGAUGAUAGGGGUGCGCUGAGGAGCCUGGAACAUUGAGCGCCCCGCAGGCUCAAAUUCCAUAAACAACAACCAAACAUUUAACCAAGCGUUUAUUAAAGCCGCAUUGUCACCAGUUUACUUCCGGUCGAUUACGUAACAAUUUCCGAUGAUUUUUAACGGAAAACGCGAAAAAUAUUUCAAAAUAUUUAAACCAGUGUGUCUAUUGGAAGUUUCUUUGAGAAUGUGAUUUAUAAUUUUAGAGCGGAUGGCCUGUUAAAUAUCUCGGAUUCUAAUAGAUCCUUUUGUCCUUUAACCGUUGAGGUUUUCGUCGGACCUCCGGAAGUAAAUUGGUGACAAUGCGGCUUUAGGUGCGUCCAUAAUUUCACGUAAACUUGAUAUCAAAGAGUAUAUAAUAAUAAAGUAAUAGAUAAAGACUA